GUUGGUGCCAGAACGAAAGAAUGAUUGAUGAGAAACAGACACCCGGCUAUAGACACUCAUCCCUUUGCUUCAGAUACUGAUAUCCUCGUGCGUCUGAUUGUUCCUCGGGAGCCGGCAGCACACUGAGGAUCACCCAGGGUUAGCGGAUGUACAACAGGAGAGCCAUCACUUUGCUAAAUCAUUCUCUGCCACUGGACAUCUUUUACAAAAACCAAACCCGACCAGAGUCUAAUAGAUAUGUUCUAGGACAACGAAAAAGCUGCAAGUUGUUGUCAACGCCUAACACACAAGUAUGUUAGGCUUCCACCAAAGUCCUCAAUAUACCUGAACACCCACAAUAUUGACCCUUCACUUUUAGAUUUGGAAUCUACAUUGAGGUUUCAUCCUCUUUUUUUUUUUUAAUAUACAGACUGACCUACGUAUAGACAUAUAUGUAUAUGUAAAAAAGACAUAGCUCACAGAUAACCAAACCCAGCUUUGUUUCCGCGAAGAUUGCCAAGAAUUUAGACAUGUAUUUGUCAAGAUUCCUGUCAAUUCAUGCCCUUUGGGUUACAGUGUCCUCAGUGAUGCAGCCCUACCCUUUGGUAUGGGGACAUUAUGACGUGUGUAAGACUCAGAUUUACACAGAAGAAGGGAAAGUUUGGGAUUACAUGGCCUGUCAGCCGGAAUCCACGGACAUGACCAAAUAUCUCAAAGUAAAACUGGACCCUCCGGACAUUACCUGUGGAGACCCUCCUGAGACGUUCUGUGCAAUGGGCAACCCCUACAUGUGCAAUAAUGAGUGUGAUGCAAGUACCCCUGAGCUGGCCCAUCCCCCUGAGCUGAUGUUUGAUUUUGAAGGAAGACAUCCCUCCACAUUUUGGCAGUCUGCUACUUGGAAGGAAUACCCCAAGCCUCUCCAGGUUAACAUCACUCUGUCGUGGAGCAAAACCAUUGAGCUCACAGACAACAUAGUUAUUACCUUUGAAUCGGGGCGUCCAGACCAAAUGAUCCUGGAGAAAUCUCUCGAUUAUGGACGAACAUGGCAGCCCUACCAGUAUUACGCCACAGACUGCUUAGAUGCUUUUCACAUGGAUCCCAAAUCCGUGAAGGAUUUAUCACAACAUACGGUCUUAGAAAUCAUUUGCACCGAAGAGUACUCUACGGGAUAUAUGACAAAUAGCAAAAUAAUCCACUUUGAAAUCAAAGACAGGUUUGCGUUUUUUGCUGGACCAUGGCUACGCAAUAUGGCUUCUCUCUACGGACAGCUGGAUACAACCAAGAAACUCAGAGAUUUCUUUACAGUCACAGAUCUGAGGAUAAGGCUUUUGAGACCAGCGGUUGGGGAAAUAUUUGUAGACGAGCUACACUUGGCACGCUAUUUUUAUGCGAUCUCAGACAUAAAGGUGCACGGAAGGUGCAAAUGCAAUCUCCACGCCACUGUGUGUGUAUAUGACAACAGCAAACUGACCUGUGAAUGUGAGCACAACACUACAGGUCCCGACUGUGGGAAAUGCAAGAAGAAUUAUCAGGGCCGACCUUGGAGUCCAGGCUCGUAUCUCCCCAUCCCCAAAGGCACUGCAAAUACCUGUAUUCCCAGUAUUUCCAGUAUCGGUAGCAAAGUUCGAAAGUCAAGCCACUUUUUAAGUGUGAGCUGCUAUCUGUACCUUUGCUGUUAUCUCUGUGUGGUGCAUCGGGAAAUUCCUAGCUUAAACAAAGAUUCGCCAAGAUCCCUACAUGGUUCCAUGAUGAACCUUCAAACGUGUGAUCAUGAACUUGUGCACUACGUGCUUCGGUAUCAUUGACAUCUUCUUGGAGGAUCAAUAAGGAGCUGGCCAGCUACUGCUUCACUUCCUGGGAAGAGUUAGACAGAGCUUUGGCUCAGAACUGGAGAGAGAUGUUCCCGUACGUCUACAGAAUUCCAUUUUACAAACGGUGAAUCUGAGGGUCAGCAUGGCUGAGUAACCUGACCAAUAUAAUACGAUGAAAAAGGCCUGUCUGCCUCCAAAAGUUAUGCUCAUAACAUUAUACCAAAUGGAAGAGGCUAGAAAGAAGAAUUUUAGAUUUAUUUACUCUUACUGCAGACUUUUUCCAAUCCACCACACUGCACCUUAGACCUGUUGAUCCCUGAAUUGACCCAUUUUUGUGCGGGGAAAUUUAGGGUCCUGGAGGAAAACAGAGGUUCAUUUUCUGGUACCUCACUGUGUUGUCAACAGAAGUUACAAACGUCAUGCGUGAGGAGAGGGGUAGGGCACUGUGACCCUCCACCCCAUUAAUAUAUGUCCUUCCUCUACCACAAACAUCUUCAGUGUUCUGAGGAAGAGGGGAAAUGUAGAGAUGUCAAGUAUAGUAUGGAACAUGAGACAGCUUAUGAAAUUUGCUAUGCAAAUCGUAAAGUAUGUUUGUACAUAUUGUAUGACAGUAAAAAUCCAAAAAAUUUUUUUUAUCAAAUAGUCACUCAUAGCAAAAAUAAAAUGCUGUAUGCCAUCUCAAGGACAGGCCCACCACUAUCACAGUAAGCUCUAUCUUCCCCACCAGUUUAACGACACUGUAUUCCUGAGGGUAGGCGGCUUGCUGUGAAGAUGGUAAGAUUACCUCCACGGCCCUAGGGAUUUCUUCUGGAGAGUUUUAGGGUUUUCUAUUGAUUCCUUUCUAGGCAUCAAUAAUGUUUCCAGAUUCCUUGAGUAAUAGCAGCAGUAACUAUAUAAACCCAAAGAGACCUUGUGACUUUGCCUCUGCCUGAUAUUUUCCUCACACACUCCCGGAAGAAGGAUGUUUCCGGAAGGCUCACUAACAUCCCUUCAGCAGUGGCUUUUCAUACCCAUGGUGGCACCCUGUUUCCCACCAUAUUUUAGAACCAAAAAAUUAAGUAAAAAAAUUAGCAUUUUUAGGAAACGUAAAGAUCACUCAUCCAAUGGCAUCAUUUUACAGAUAAGGCAACUAAGACUUAAAUGAAUUGUCUAAGUCAUCUGGACAGUGGCCACGGUGGGAUUCCAGCUCAAUGUCCAAUUUCCUAAUCAGGACUCUUCACAUUGUACCAUGAGAUUAGAAUUCACCUUUUCAUUUGAUGAAACUACCAAAGUAUGAAAUUCUACAUGGUAUACCAUUCUAGGGAAAAAAAAAAAAAGAUGGGAGAUCACGGUCACAAUUUACUCUGUUUUUAAAGGGUGCCCACAAAGUAAGUUAUAAGCUGCCUACAGUUCAUGCGAAGGGAGUGCCAUGGAUGAUAGAGACAACUUAAUACUCUAAAACAACCCUACCUCUAAAGCUGUCUUGAUAUUAAUAAAAUGUUUUUAGCCUUCUGUUUCAAGCUUGUCUUGUAGCUUGAGAAAUUAUAGCAUCAGCAAUAGGUGGUCAAUUUCAGCAAUUCCAACAUAGUUCUCUCCAACAUACAGUGCAGAGUUUUCCUUGGGGUGCAGAGGAAAAAAAUUUUCUUCCAAAGUUUCACUUUCAU